UUUCUUCCAAGAUAAAGUGUUUUUGUUUCCAUUAUAAAAUUAAUUAAAAAAAUCUAAAAAAUUAAUUUGCAGUGCGAGUGCGAGCCCUCACAGCGCACACCCAAACAUGGAACCUAAUGACAACCAACUGACCUCCUUCUUCCACCACCACCACCACCACCACCACACUCACCCUCCUCCCCCUCCGCCCCAGACCUCCGCCUCCCCCACCAACGGCCUCCUCCCCAACGCCGAUGCCUCCCACAUGCUCUACCCUCACUCCGUCGCCUCCGCCGUUUCCUCCCAGCUCGAGCCCGCCAAGAGGAAGCGCGGCCGCCCCAGGAAGUACGGAACGCCGGAGCAAGCCCUCGCCGCCAAGAAAGCCUCCACCACCUCCUCUCAGUCGUUCUCCGCGGACAAGAAGCCCCACUCUCCCUCCUUCCAUUCCUCUUCUUUCGCUUCUAAGAAAUCCCAUUCCUUCGCUCUAGGCAAUGCAGGGCAAGGCUUCACUCCUCAUGUCAUUUCUGUUGCUGCGGGUGAGGAUGUUGGCCAGAAAAUCAUGUUAUUUAUGCAACAAAGUAGGCGUGAGAUGUGUAUCCUGUCAGCAUCUGGUUCCAUCUCUAAUGCCUCUCUUCGCCAGCCAGCAACCUCAGGAGGCAACAUUACCUACGAGGGUCGGUUUGAGAUUAUUUCACUAACUGGUUCUUAUGUCCGUAAUGAACUUGGAACUCGAACUGGUGGUCUCAGUGUAUGCCUAUCUAAUACUGAUGGACAAAUCAUAGGUGGUGGAGUUGGUGGGCCACUUAAAGCAGCUGGUCCAGUUCAGGUCAUCGUUGGAACAUUUUUUAUUGACAACAAGAAGGAUACUAGUGCUGGUGUAAAAGGUGAUGCCUCUGCCAGCAAGUUGCCAUCUCCAGUUAGCGAACCAGUAUCAAGUUUAGGCUUCCGCCAAACGGUUGACUCUUCCGGUGGAAAUCCAAUCCGUGGUAAUGAUGAGCAUCAAGCUAUGGGGGGAACUCAUUUCAUGAUUCAACAGCUUGGUUUGCAUGGGACACCUCCCCGGUCCACAGACUGGGGCCAUCCGGAUUCAAGAAAUACUGGUUUUGAGCUGACAGGAAGGACAGGUCAUGGGGCACACCAGUCUCCUGAGAAUGGGGGUUAUGAACAAAUUCCUGAUUGAAAAAUGAAGACAGGUUAUGGAUAUGAUAGCAACAAUCGAUGUAUGAUAUCUCUACAUACCAGCAGUCUUUGUCACGUGAUGCCGUUUAUAGUAUGCACCAUUCAUUAAGGAUCGUGGCUUCUGAAAAUUAAUACUCAUGCUUGUCCUUGAAAAUAUUGUUCUGCCUCAUUUACUCAUGUUGUAUUUAUAAAUCAGGGUUGCUUACUUCAUUUUUGCUGGUCUGUUAGUUUCUCUAUACCGGGAUAAAUAUCAUAGAUAUAUGCUUCCUAGAUUAGCUAAUCUAUUGUGGACUAUAUUUCCUUCCAUUUUCAAAGUGCAGUCUUCAAAUUGUUCAAAAUUCUGUCAAGCAUAUAUUAUUAUGGUUCUUCAU